GUGAUAUCGCGAUCCUCAACUAUGGAGAGAGGCCAACCACGUGGCACAUGAGGGUUCUGCUCACUCCCACCACAGACGACAACUGGGUAAUCCUUACACCAGACCUUGAUGUGUAUGAGGAGCAGAUGAGCAGAGACAACCCCGAUCUUGUAGGUUUUCACCAUUGCGGCCCUGACGGGGCACUACCUCCACGCAUCCACGUUGGCAGUGUCUACGCCUUUGCUCCGCUGACGCCUCAGGCUCUUCGGGGAUACAUGGCACAAGGUCGCGCCGAAGCUGCCCAGAUUCUGUCCGAACGGGGAGCUCCAGCGGUUGGUGCCACCCAGGAGCAGCCUGCUGCGGGAGUGGUCGGAGAGCCCGCAGGAGCACCGGCAGCAGCUGCUGAUCCUAACGAUACUUGGAUUGCCGCUGAGGACGGGGUGGCCUACAAAAAGGGGGAUGUGAUCUCCACUGACCCUGCUCCCUUGCCUGUGGGUCAUGUACGACGGGGCGACAAAGGCGUCAUUCCGGACGGAUCUGGUUUUCUGCUGGUGCGCAAGGUGCCCGCCUCCGAAGUGUUCAAGCAUAAGAUGCAUGAUAUUCGAGUUCUUCCGGUUACUUUUGAUGGCCAGGGAGUUCGUCGAAAGGAGUUUACGACGGCUGUUAGUCAGAUGAAUGACGAUCCUCCUUUGGGAGGGGGGCUGCAGCUUGCAGGACCCAGCUCUGCGCUCAAGCUCUUGAAGGACAUGCGGGACCAACAGUUCACUCCAAGCACUUUCCAUGAGCAUUGGGUUCGGUCCUCGGAAAUUCCCAAAGGGGAUCGUUCCAUAUACGAGCACGAGGUGCUGUCGCGAAUCUUGGACUCGAUGAUCCUGGUGGACCAGCUGAACAUCCCGGCGCUUCAGUCCGCAGAGCUGAUCUUCAGGCGGCUUCAAGUCAUCCGCCAGGCCCACAAGGCUUCACCUGGCAACCCUGACUAUAGCAGUGCUGAUCACUAUAUGGGGUGGAAAUACAAGAAGGUGGCGGCGGGUGUGGACAGUGACUUGUCCGCCUACGUUGCCAAUGAACUCAAGAGCGAGGCCACGAUCCUGAAAGAAGCGAGGUGGCGGCUCCACAUGAGUGGAGAUGGAGGGGCCCGCGCUGUGGCCGAGGGCGGUUCCUCGUCAGCCAGGGCUCUCUUGCAGUGCCAGAAGAAGGCCGCGCAACAUGAAGUUUUCAAGGCGACCGCUAGAUGCCAGUUGCCUGCCAAGAUUUUGACAGAGCGUGAAGCUGUCAAAGAGCUUCUGCAGCAAAGCCUCUCCUAUGAUGGGACAGAGGCCACGACUACGACGGUGCGACCCUACGAAAGAGGCCUAGUCAGCAUACCCUCCGGCGGCCAUAGCGCAGUGAAGCUGGACUCGGUGCUGGACGAUAGCGGCCGAGAUAUCGUAGAGGACCCCGCCAGAUGCAUGUUACUAAGUGCGGAAGAGUGGGGACAGGUAGCAGAGGAGCAAGCGGGGUUCACGCCAUACAUGGAUUCCAAGCUCAAGGGAGACCCUCUUCUCUACUGCAGCUUCGUGAAGGAUUUGAUUGAUUCCGGCAUGGUGGAAUUCACGUUGAUCCUCGAUUGUCGAGGGGUGAACCGGCGGUUUCGUCCACCGCCACCAAUGGCCUUGGGCUCAGGAUCUUCCUGGAGCCAGCUGUCCAUUGAGAAGGGUGGAGUGUGGGGCGAGAUCUUUGGGAUGGACUUGAUCGUGAAGGCUGGGUUUUCCCGGCUGACCUUUGACCGGGUCUUGGUGGACAACAAGCCAGCCCCGGAUCUCAGUACAGGGGAGCCGGUCAUUUUGCCGUAUGCUGAUAACCUGAAUGUUGCCGGGAUUGAUCGGGAUAAGGUUCAGGCGGCGAAGGAUGGAGCAGUUGCAAGGCUCCGCAGCUUGGGCUUUCUCGUUCAUGAAGAAAUCGAUGCUUCAGAUGUGGUGCAAUCUCUUGGAUUUCUAGUCGAUGGAAGAAGGGGGACUGUGACGCCGAUUCCUGACAGGCUCUCUCGUGUAAUCCAAUGCUGCCAGUGGCUUGCGCGACGGCCUCGGGUGACCACAAAGGCAGUUCAGAAGAUUCUGGGACACUGCGUUCAUUUCAUGAUGCUGAACAGAGGCUGGAUGGCUGGCUCAGCUUCUCCGGAUCUGCUCCGCGGACCUGACAAAGCCGUGGUCAGAGAGGGUUACAGCGUCAGGUCUGCCGCCGCCUUCUCUGCCUUCAAGUUGCGCUCGGAGCUACGUUGGUUUGCAGGUGGAUUCCCAGUGAGUGGAACGUUGCCGACUCUGGAUCUAGACGUUGGGAAGAUCUUCGCAAGUCUGAUGCUGUUGGGUAUGUCAACUCGCGUAGCCGAUGCGGUGGUGCAUCAGCCUCCCCUUCGACUUUCUGUAGAUCACAAGGAGAUGCCGCUGUUGCUGGGCUCUCAGGAAGUCCGGAAACGAAAUUGCGGGCUCGCUUUCCAAGUUCAGACUCUGGAAACUUUGGAACCGGAUUCGAGGGCUGCAAGAGCUCAGAAGAGGCAGAAAUAUCUGCAAGUGACAGCUUCAGCUCCGCGGUUUCAGGGACAGACUCGCUUGGAACAGGCAGCAAUUUCAACGGAAGCAUCCAAAGAUUACAGGCAGAGGGUCCAAACAUUUCAGAAUUUCGUGAAGGCUUUCAAGCUGAACAUCCAAGAUGUGACCAAGUUCGACAAUGCCUUCUGCACCUUUCUCAAUCACAUGUUCGAAGAAGGCUACGACAUUGGAGAAGGCACAAAAAGUUGGGCAGCUGUCCUGGAUGCUUACCCAGGCUUUUCCCGCAAGGAAAUGCUGCCAAGAUCGCGGAGGGCGUUGCAAGGAUGGAACAAGCUGGAUCCCGGAAGAACGCGGCCUCCUCUCCCAUGGCCACUAAUUGCAGCACUCAUCAUCAGUCUAUUGCAAAGAGGUCGUCUCCGAGCAGCGCUCGCUAUCAUGCUGAUGUUUGUAGCAUAUCUUCGGCCAGGGGAGGCUCUGGGACUACACCAAGGAGAUCUCGUAAACCCAACUCCAGUGCAUCCUCAUUUUACUUUGAAUCUCCAUCCAGAAGAAAGACAAGAAAGCUCAAAGACUGGGCUAGCCAACGAGACAGUAAUGCUGGACAGCACAACGAUCCCUUUUCUAGGAAGCAUGUUGAAAAGCCUUUGCAGCGGGAAGACAAGCGACAGCCUCUUACAGCUGGGCUACAACGACCUGCGAAAUCAGUGGCAGGAGGCACUUCGUCUCCUGGGGCUGCCAAGCAACUACGCAGUCCUCUACCAACUGCGGCACUCAGGUCCGUCGCACGACCAGUUGAACCGCUUGCGAACUCUCAAGGAAAUCAAAAUGCGGGGGCGUUGGGAGAGCGACAAGUCUGUGAAGCGGUACGAAGCUCACGCACGUGUCAAUCAGGAGUUCCAGAAGCUGCCCGCAACAGUUCAGGCACAUGCCCUGAAAGCAA